AUGGAAACUUUCAGAAUAUUGCAUGCCAACUCAGUAAAUCCUUAUAUUUCACCCUUCAACAUCAAAACACAUCUUGAUAACCCCAACUUUAGCAAACAGCAAGUCCAAGCUCGUUUUGAUGAAUUUGCAAAAGUCUUGAUGAUCAAACUGGAACAGGCAAUUAUUGAUGAUAUCUAUUUACAAACCAAUGGCGUAGUCUCUGAAUCCACUCCCACUAUAAGAUCCUUGAAAGAAACUCUUUCAAGCCCACAUAGAUUCCCUCAACCAACAAAUACCUCGUCCCCUCCCGUUAGCGAGACUCAACCUUCUCCAAAUUCUUCAAUAAAUGUGCCCGAAACGUCACUUUCAGAAACACUGAACACUACGUCUACACCCACUGCUGCCUUUUCGUCUUCGUCUUCCUCUAUUCUACCUCCCUCUUCUCCAAAUGGAUCUUCAACACAGCCUCAAAAUCGACUUCAAUCUGCUGACGAUAAAUCCUCUGUCGAUAAAUCCGCCGACAAUAAACCUGACAAUAAAUCCUCUGACAAUAAAUUCGCUGGCAAUAAAUCUACUGACGAUAGAUCCCAGAUUAUCCCCACCAUCAUAUCUCGAAACUGUGCUGCAUGCAAUCAACCGGUCUCUGGGAAUGUAUUAUCUGCUAUGGGCAAGCAGUGGCACCCGCAUCAUUUUGUUUGUAAGCAUUGUGGGAUAUCACUAGAACAUGUGGCAUUUUUCGAGAAGAGUGGGGAACCGUAUUGUCAUCUCGAUUUCCACGAGUUGUUUAGUCCUCGUUGUGGACAUUGUAAUACACCCAUCGAAGGGGCUAUAAUAAACGCACUUGGUAAAUCAUGGCAUCCGGGACAUUUCUUUUGCCGUGAAUGUGGGGACCCGUUUGGGCCUGCAGGAUUUAUGGUUCAUGAUGGAUUUCCGUAUUGUGAAAAAGACUGGUCAGAGAAGUUUGCUCCCAAAUGUAAAGGCUGUCAGAAACCAAUUAAAGGGGAAAUAAUGACUGCUCUUGAAGGAACAUGGCAUCGUGACUGUUUUGUUUGUGUGACCUGUCAUACUCCAUUUACCGAUUCAUACUAUUAUGUGAGUGAGAAUAAACCUUAUUGUCAAACGCAUUAUCGACAAUUCUUGGCAGGAACAUGA